AAUUCCCGCCAAUUUUACGUUCCAUAUUUAAGUGCUUUAUCCGUAAUCUGAACCUCUGAACUCGGAACAUGAAAGUUUCAACGUGUCAAUAAUACUUGAGGGAAUGUAAUAACUGUUACCCAGCUUUGAAUAUAGAAAAGUUUUCUUCUCAUCUACGGAGGAAAUUAUAAAAUAAAUUGUUUUUUUCGAUGGAUGAACACACAUUUCAGAAACCAUUUAAGACUUCAACAAAUAAAAAACCUACCUCCUCUCACAGCAUUCAUAGUACAAAUAAAAAUUCUAAUUCAAAGAGUCUUACUAAUUCUAACCGUUCUAAUAGUAAUUCAAAUUUAAUACCUAAUGCAGGCCAACGAUCCAAAAGUAAUUUAACUACUAAGAAUAAUGAAAUUUCUGAUGGACUUAAAAAAUUAAACUCAAACAUUAAUCUUGAAAGGAAUGGUAGUAUGCCAAAUUUAAAUACUAUUGGUAGUAGAAUGCGUGUUGAUAAAAUUACUAAACUUCGAUUUGAAUAUGAUAAAUAUCUAAGCAGUUUAGAAGCAAAAUACACCUUUCAAGUAACUGAAAAAAAAAUAACUGCAAAUAUUAAUGAACAAAAAAAUAUUUUUAGGGAAGAAUUUAAUUUGCUUAAAGAACAAUUAGUAACUCUUACUGAAAAAAUAAAAUUAAUAAGCAAAUUAAAAAUAGAAAAAGAAAACUUGGACAAAAAAUGUGAAGUACUUGAAAUGCUCAAUAAAAAUACUGCAUUUAAUGAUACGGAUGAAGAAAUUAUGUCAUUAUUUACUAGUGUAGCAUCCAAAGUUAUUGUUAACAAUUUUAAGCAAAUGGAUGAAACUGAUUUAAAUACUGUUAAAGUUUUAAUGGAAGAGAUAAUAGAACCAUUAAAGUUAAUUGAUUAUGAAAAUAAAACCAAAACACGUAUUAUACUUAAAGAUUUAUUAAUCAAUAUGACAAUGUUAACUAAAGAGUUAGAUAAUUAUAAGUUGAAAUGUGAAGAAUUAUUUGUUAAGCAAGAGAACCUGCAAAAUUACAAUACAUCAAUGCAGAUACUGAAAGAUCAGUUUGGUGAAAAUUCAGAUACUACUUUACCACCCACUAUGAAUAAUCUUAUUGAGAAUAUUAAAAAGGUAUUAAAUGAAGAAAAAUAGCAAAUUUUAUGUUUUAUAGUUAAACUAAAUAUAAUGUGUGAUAUAAAGUUUAGUCUAAGUCAUGUAAUUCAUAUAUAUUUGAUGUCAACAUUUUAAAUUUAUCUUAUUUUUAAUUUUAGUCAAUAGUAA